AUGAAGACGAGAACAAAGAAGAUAUUACAUUUGUUGCAACCUCCAAGAGCUCCUGAAAGCAAUCGGACUUCAUUAUCGGACCUGCCAAUAGAAAUCGCUCUGGAAUCUAACUUGCUUUCACAUUUGCCCCAAAACAGUCAGGCUUCAUCUUCGGCAGACUCCAUAGCAAAUGCUCCUGAACCUAGUUUGAUUCAAGAUUUACCCCAAAAUAUUCAAACUUCGUCAUCGGCAGAUUCAACGAACAUUGCUCCUGACCCUAAUUUGAUCCCAGAUUUGCCCCGAAACAAUCAAGCUUUCUCAUCGGUAGAUUCCAAAAAAUCACCUCCUAAACAUAAUCAAUUCUCGGAUUUGGCCAAAAACCAUCAGGCUUCCUCGUCGGCAGAAUUAACAAAACCAGAAUCUGAAACAAAUCAACCCCCAGAGGCGACUCGAAAUAUUCAGGAUGACUCAGCCCUAACAAAAACACAAGUUCCUUCUCAGUUGAAUGUUACUACGAUUGGGUUUGUGCAUUGUUUAUACAAAAUGAGUAGCUCUGAAGAUGAAAGUAGUGCAGUUAUUGAAAAUGAAGAAAGAAAACGAAAGAAAGGCGUGAUUAAUCGUACCCAGUAUAAAAGUGAAGUUAUUAAGAAGGCCAAAGUGAAAGGUGAGUCACAUUUUAAUCAUGUCGGAAAAAAGGUUUUGGCGCGAAAAACUGGAAUCAACUGUAGUUGCCGCAAAAAAUGUUGUGAACAGUAUUCAGAAAUUGACAAACGUGCAUUGUUAACAUCGUUACAUGAUUUUGAUAACAAAAACUCACAAGACUCCUAUUUGCAAGGUCUGAUAGAAGUAGCUCCCAUUAAGAGAACCAGAAAAUCUCAAAAUGCCAUUAAGCGUAUAGAGAGACCUAAUAAUUUUUUGUUUAAUACUUGUUUAAACGGAGUACGUAAGCAUGUAUGCAAGAAAGCAUUUUUGAGUUUAUAUGGAGUUGGCGAAAAGCAUGUUAGACGAUUAUGCCAUCUACUAACGUCGGGAACCACUCCAAGAGAUAAUAGAGGUAAAUCUAUUAAAUCUAGGCAUAAUUUAAUACCAGCUGAGGUGUGCUUUCAAAUAAAUGAACAUAUAAAGUUGUUCGAUGUAAAGGAAGUCCAUUAUGCUAAUGUAGUGAAAAAGUAUUUACCUGCUACGUUGGAUGUUAAACAAAUGCAUAAAAUGUUUAUCGACAAAUUUCCUGACUCUAAAUUGAUGUGUGUUCUGCCUGUGAAGAACUUGGCCAAAAAGUUAAAAGCGACCCUCAAUGAUACUGCAAAACGAGUUGCUGUUGCCGAACUCAUGGUUCAUAAAAACAAAGCUAAGAAAUUUUAUAAAAAAUUAGAUCAGAUUAAAAAGCUCUCUUCAGAGACUGACGAAAUACUGGGAAUCACAAUGGAUUACAUGCAAAAUUUACCAAUACCAGACAUACCUGUGCAAGAAAUUUUUUAUUACCGACAGUUAUGGGUUUUUGAGUUCAGUAUUCAUAACUUAAAAACGGAAGAAGCUAAAUUUUAUUCUUAUCAUGAGGGCGAGGCUUACAAAGGACCCAAUGAAGUGUGUACUUUCUUAAAACACUAUUUUGAGCAUGAAGUUUCAGAGAAUGUCAAAGAAGUUCAUAUAUUUUCAGAUGGUUGCGCGGGCCAAAACAAGAACCACACAGUAGUUCGAUUCCUUUUAGCCCUUGCAUCCUCGGGAAGAUUCAAUAAAAUUGUACAUUAUUUUCCAAUCAGGGGCCACUCAUUUCUACCGUGCGACAGAGACUUUGGGGUAGCAAAAAGGCUCAUUCGCAAGCAGGACCGCAUUUUUCUUCCUGAAGAAUAUUAUGAGUUAAUAGAACGAUCAUCAAGUAAAUCUCUCUUUUCAAUAGAAAGGGUUCAUAAUGAAAACAUUCUGGACUUCAAGAAAUGGUGGCCCAAGUAUUACAAGAAAACCGUACUAUCUAUUGACUCCUAUCAGAAAAAAAUCAAAGAUGAGAAAAUAACUUUUCAAAUUUCACAGUAUAAUGAAUUCGAGUAUGACUGCAGAAAACCAGGGAUUGUUAAAGUACGUCCAUUUAUUGAUGGGCUCAUGUUCCAUGAAUUUUCCUUGGGAAAACCAGCUGGAGUGUGUCCUGAUUUGCCAUCAGAGCCUGCUUACUCAGGAAAAAUUCCUAUUAAUUUCAAGAAAAUGGACAAUAUUAAGAAACUUGUCCAGUAUGUACCAGACGAUAAAGUGUUUUUUUACAAUGAACUGAUUUUAUGGCCUACUACUAAACAAGAUGAAUCACCCGAAGAAGACUUUUAA